AUGUCGGAUUAUCUUCCUCAGGAAAUAUGGGCCAACGUUUUCCUCUGGCUACCCGUCAAGAUGCUCAUCGGAAUCCGGUCGGUCUGUAAGUAUUUCGACCACAUCAUCCGCAGCCCCUCUUUCAUUUCCGACCACCUCGCAAACUCCAAGCAACAUCAAAUCCCUCUCGUUCGAUAUGCAGAGUUUGGCUACAAUAAUAGCUUUAAAGAGCACUACGCGCUCAUACCCAAUCACCUCACAUACUUGGGAGACAUUCGAGAAAUCGAUUUCCCAUUUAGGUCGGAAUGCUACAAACAUUUCAAGGUAAUCGGCGCUUGCAACGGGUUGAUCUGUUUGUCAGACGAGAAUUACCGUCGCUCUCGCGGGAUUAUACUGUGGAACCCGUCUAUCAGAAGGUACUUAGCCCUCCCCAAACCUCAAUUGUCCCUCAAAUCCCUCAAGGCAUUUAUUUUCACGUAUGUGGUCGGUUUCGGGUAUGACUGCGGGUCGGACGACUACAAGGUGUUGAGGAUUACGAAUGUGUGUGGAAUCAGAAGCCGGAAAAACCAGGGUGUCGACCCGCCUAUGCCGGGUCCCGUGGUUGAGAUGUACACGGUCAAGUCGGGGUCUUGGAGGAAUUUAAAUAUAGAUGAGCUAACUUUUCCUUAUCUGUUGCAUGAGACCAAUCAGGCUUUCGUGCAGGGAUGUUUGCAUUGGCUGAACGGGCAGUCUUCGAUUGCUUGUUUUAAUUUGAAAAAUGAGGUGUUUAAUGGAGGGUUAGGCUUACCCGAGGGUCUAACCGGAUUCGGGUGGGACUCUCAAUUGGCGGUGCUUGGGGAAAAGCUUGCCUUUGUAGUGAACCCCACCCCAGUCAAGGAGAUUGCUAAUGUGUGGGCCAUGGAAGAGUAUGGGGAGGUGGGGUCGUGGAGGAAGCUGUACAAUGUUGAUACGACCCCGAGAUAUUUCUUGUUCGUGGGGUUCACGGACAAUGGGAACAUGAUGUGCACCUUAGACCGUAAAAGGCUUUACUGUUACGAUCCGGACAUGGAUUUCCUGAACAAUCUGUGCACUUGUGGGAUCAAGGGCUCGUUUCACGUGGAGAUGUAUGUGGAGAGUUUGGUUCUGGUUGAUGGGGAGAGUGCGGUUUCUAGGUCAGAGGCUAUUACCUUGGAAGGUGAAGAUUGGUUUCAGAAGAUGACAGUGCGAUCGAACCGACACCACGUUUCAGAAAGUAACCAUUUGAAAAGUGGUGGGCCUGCUAGAAGUUUCAAAGGAAACGUGAUAAACGGCCAAAUGGGUGCCACGAAGUAUGGGCCAACGUUUUCCUCCGGCUACCCACCCUCAUCGCAAUCCGGUCGGUCUCCCUUUUUCAUUUCCGACCACCUCGCAAACUCCAAGCAAAAUCAAAUCCUUCUCGUUCGAUACCUAAGGGGAAGAGAAAAAUCCAAGCGAAAAGAGCACUACGCGCUCAUACCCAAUGACCUCGAAUACCUCGAAAACAUUCGAGAAAUCGAUUUCCCAUUUAAACCUGAAUGCUACAAACAUUUCAAGGUAAUCGGCGCUUGCAACGGGUUGAUCUGUUUGUCCGACGAGAGUUACCGUCGCGCUCGCGGGAUUAUACUGUGGAACCCGUCAAUCAAAAGGUACUUAGCCCUCCCCAAACCUCAAUUGUCUCUCAAAUCCCUCCAAGCGUUUAAUUUCACUAAUGUUGUCGGUUUCGGGUAUGACUGCGGGUCGGACGACUAUAAGGUGUUGAGGAUUACACAUGUGUAUGGAAUCAGAAGUGGGAAAAACCGGCGAGUCGACCCGCCUAAGCCGGGUCCCGUGAUUGAGAUGUACACAGUCAAGUCGGGGUCUUGGAGGAAUUUAAAUAUAGAAGAACUACCUUUUCCUUAUCUGUUGCAUACCAAUCAGGCGGAUGCUUGCAUUGGCCGGAAUAGUUGGUCUUCGAUUGCUUGUUUUGAUUUGAGAAAUGAGGUGUUUAAGGGAGGUAUAGAUUUGCCCGAGAGUGCACGCGAGUGGGACUUCUUUCACUUGGCAGUGCUUGGGGAGAAGCUUGCCAUUGUAGUGGACCAUACGCCAGUCAAGGGGAUUGCUAAUGUGUGGGCCAUGGAAGAGUAUGGGGAGGUGGGGUCGUGGAGGAAGCUGUACAAUGUUGAUACAAUGCCGGGAUAUUUCUUGUUCGUGGGGUUCACGGACAAUGGGAACAUAAUGGGCACCAUAGACCGUAACAAGCUUUACUGUUAUGAUCCGGACAAGUGUUACUUGGAAAAUCUGUGCACUCGUGGGGCCGUGGGCUCGUUUCACGUGGAGAUGUAUGUGGAGGGUUUGGUUCUGGUAGAUGGGGAGAGUGCGGUUCCUAGGUCGGAGGCUAUUACCUUGGAAGGUGAAGAUUGGUGA